AUUAGUCGCCUCUUUUGUUUUUAGCACAGCAACAGAUGUAGUACGUGAGAGUUAGUUUGGCUGUAAACUGUGCUGUUUUCAACCCAGUUUACCAGCUUUCAAACAUUUAUGGUUGCAGUCUACGGCAGUGCUGCAUAUGCUAUUAAUGAUGACAUCCUGGGUAUAAUAAAUAUCUACUAUGUUCAUGUGUUAGUUCAUAGAGGGACAUUUAGAAAUGUCACCAGUAGAUGCAGUGAGGUGGUUGGAGCAAUAUAGUAAAGUGAACACAUUGUUCCUUUAUUUCUACUAGGAACUAAAUGCUAAAAACCAAUGGAACAUUAAACCUACAUUAAGGCAGGAUUUAUUGCAGGACUGCUGUAUUAGUUUUAGCUAGACAUACCUAAUGCACUGGCAACUGAGAGCGCUUGUAUAUAUGUGUGCAAAACUGCAAAUGAUUUUACACUGCCAAUUUGACCCACUUCAUUUACAGCAUUUCCACCAAAUCAUUUGUUUUCUUAGCACUUACAUCUGAUUAAAUACAGGAAAAGGGACUGUUAGGAAAAUAUAUUUAGUGAAACUGUCAUGUGAUUAAUGAAAAUGGAUGCAAGGAAAACAAGCUUGAGGCUAUAUAAUAAGGACAGCCAAAUGCUGCUGCUGCCUGCAGGACAUCAUCAGCUUAGGUAAUCAAGAAAUAUCCCGGCUAACUGAAUGUGUUGGUGAAUGUUAUUAAUGUUUGCACACUACACAUUAAGUUUUCAUAUUAUGCAUAAUAACAGCUCAAAAUACAGUACAGGCAUGUUUGAUGACUGAGGUUCCGACACAUUUAUGUAAUGUAAACGGCAGUUAUGGUUGCAUCUGGGCUUAUUCAAGCCACUCAUUGGUAAAAAGUAGGACUGGAAAGUUUGUAGAUUUGCUCACACUGUAAAAUGUUACAAAUACAAAAAGGAGCCACAGAAUUUAGGGUUGGAGCCGACGUUGCUGUGCGUGUCUGUAAACAGGAUGGACCAGCAGAGGAUGUGCAAGCAAGAGGCUCUGGUUGACUUUAGACCAACACAGAUGUUUAGCAGCUGCUUUCAUGGUGAUUAUAAUAUUCCACGCAAUUCUUUUCACUGAUAUUGUAGCUUUGGGAAAUUCAGAAAUUUAAUAUUAGUGCAAACAUUCCAAGGGGGGGGGGGUAAUCAUAGCCUCACCUCCAGUGUUUUCACACACACUGUGAAAAAAGGAGUACUCUCAAAUUUCAACACGGUGACACGCCUCUCUUUCUUUGCUUUGGGAGGAGUCAUAGAGGCUGCUUACAUCCAUUGAACUUCAUACAAACACCUAAAUCUUACUACAGCUCUAUCAGCCCUGAUGCUCAAACCUGCAAGAUGCACUGCUAUUGGGACUGGGUCAACUGUCUCAGCUGUGUGAUGAUCCUGACCGGACUCUGGCACUUGGUUCAUCACAGGAAGGUACAACCCUCCUAUGGGCGGCACAUGGGACUUUCUCCUUCGACUCAGACAGUCCCCGCCAGACUAGCCUGGUUUCUCCAGGAGAUGCCAGCUCUCCUGAUCCCUCUGCUUUUAAUGCUCACCUCGCACAAACCCUUCUGUAUGGGGAAGUACCUGCUGCUUGGGACCUUUUGCAUGCACUACGUCCAAAGGACAUUUGUCUAUUCCCUACUGACCAGAGGAAAGCCUUUCCCACUGGUUGUGAUGGUGGCAGCGGGUUUCUUCUGCUCUUUCAAUGGCUUCCUGCAGGGACACUAUCUGCUACACUGUGCCGAGUUUGAAGAUGAAUGGUCAGCUGACUAUCGCUAUAAAACUGGUUUGCUGCUGUUUUACAUUGGCAUGGGUAUCAAUAUACAUAGUGACUAUAUCCUUCGUAACUUAAGGAAACCGGGGGAAAUAGUUUACAAGAUUCCAAGAGGAGGUCUGUUUGAAUAUGUGUCUGGUGCCAACUACUUAGGAGAGAUAGUGGAGUGGCUCGGCUACGCUGUGGCCACCUGGUCCCUUCCUGCACUCUCGUUCGCUGUGUUUACCCUGUGCUUCAUUGGACCAAGAGCCUUUUAUCAUCACAGGUGCCUGACCUUCAUGAAGAAUAAAGCAAUCCCGAUAAAGAACAUGAAUUUACCCACCGUAUGGCAUUUCUGAGUGACAGAUGUUCUGCUUGUCUGUUAUAGGUUUUACCGAGAGACGUUCAAAGACUAUCCCAAGUUACGAAAGGCUUUGAUUCCAUUCAUCCUGUGAGAGAAUAUGCACCUGCCUAUCAUCUUGUGAGGGCACACAAUGACUGAACCACCAGCAGAGGACAAGAACAGAAUUCAAACUGUAUUAUUGUAUUUUUAAACAGAAAUUACACCCCUUUUACUGCCUAAAAAAUAAUCUGUUUUGACUUUUCUUGCAGUCAUUACUAUACUAAACCAUUGUAACCGAUUAUAGAACUUUUUCUAUACAAACUUCUAUGGGAGAAACUUGCAAAAAACAAUGACAGAAUAACUUGGUGCACAAGAAAAAUUUUGUGUUAAGCAGAAGUUUUUGUUUUUAUGCAAAUAUUACAUAUUCAAACUGCAUGAGAUGCAUGAAAUGAGUUUAAAUAUAACACACCUCAUUACACUGAA